AUGUCUAACUGUUGGAAAUUGUUCAUCUAUCUGAGUAUCACCUCGAGUGUUGGUGCUACGCCGAUAAGCGACACUGACGGAAGAACCAAGCUUCUACUGAUUUCGUUUGACGGGUUCCGUCAUGACUACCUGGACAAAGCUUCGUCGUCUGGUGUUAAUAUCUCCGGUUUCUUGAAAAUCUGGGGAUCCGGCUUUCGAGUGUCGUGCGUGAAAAAUGAAUUUGUUACGAGCACCUCGUCGAAUCACUUCUCGAUGGUGACUGGUCAACAUCCGGAGUCUCAUGGGAUCGUGGAUAAUUCAUUCUUCGACCCGAUGCUCAACCGGACGUUUGCGUUCAGCAAUGGAACUCAGGCGAAGGAGUCAGUCUGGUUCGAUGUUGGGGCUGAGCCUAUCUGGGUGACGAAUCAAUUACACGGUCAUCGCACGGCUAUGACGUCAUGGACAGGAGCGUUUGCACCAAUCAAAAACAUUCUUCCUUCCAUCAGUUACCCUGCUUUCGACCCGACUAUUCCUCUGCGAAAGUCAAUCGAUGACGUGAUUGGUUGGCUCGAGACUGACGUAAAUCUUGCGCUGCUCUACCACAUCGAACCGGACUUAACCGGUCAUAGAUACGGUCCUGAUUCGACCGAAGUUCUGAAGGCUAUCGGAACGCUGAACAACGAGGUGGAGUAUCUGCUAGAACGAGUCCAAAAGAGCCCGAAGCUGGCACACUCUCUGAGAAGCAAGAAAGAAGACAUACCGGAACGAUUGUUCUAUUCACGCAGUCCGCGCAUUGCUCCGGUCAUUGUGGUUGCUGAUGUCGGUUGGGUGAUUGUGAAGUCGGUGGAAGAUAGAAUUAAAUUCAAAAAGGGAGGUAAACAUGGGUAUGAUCCGGCUUCACCGGAAAUGUCCCCGUUCCUCCUGGCUACUGGACCUGGAUUCAAGCCGCCAGUACCUAAUCACACCAUUCAGUCCAUGGACUUAAUCGAUAUCUAUCCAAUGAUGUGUCAUCUUCUUGGCCUGGAAAAUCCCGGUCCUCACAACGGCAGUCUAUCUCAUGUGGCCCAUGUGUUGCGAGAUGGGAUCCAUGCUGACCCUAUUGAGUAA